AUGGCGACGUCUGGUCUCAUCGACCCGACAAAGACGGGCAACUAUCCCGUUAUCCUCGGCGACGCACUCUUGGGCAAAACUUCAAACGAGAUUUUUACUGGCAUCAAGUACAACCAUAAACCUACCCUCUCGUCAGACCAAGCGCCGAAUUCGGCCCGCAUAAAACCCUCGGUUCCUGGUAAAACGACCUCCUAUGACCUCUCCUAUACCGACAACGAUGAAAAGUAUGCCUUCACAGGCACAAGGAAUACCAACAGCGGCCAAUAUGUACUCUAUUUCGACCCCAGCCGCGAGGCCUUUAUUCUCGACCUUGUCGACUCUACUUUCAACAUGAAUAUCACUCGACUGCCUGGCAAUGGCGACUCCGAUAGUCUACGACGACAAUAUCCACAAAUCGACAGCAGCGCGUCAAGACCUGGCGCCAAGACAGAAAAGAAUACUACGAAUACAGAGAAACCAUCGACAAAGGCACGCGCCAAACCCUCCACCCAGAAGAAAGAAGUCAAGCGCAAACCCGAGAAGAAGCAGGCGCCAAAGAAUGUCGCUCUCUCACUCCCUGUGCCAUUGCCUGCACAGCCACAGAAGCCUGCUGAACCCAAGAAACGCACGCCAGCUCCUGAAGAAGAGGAAGAAGAGGAUGACGACGAUGAUGGCGGCCUUCUGGUGGAGAAUCCUGGCGCUGAUACCAGUGCGGCGCGUAGGACUGACUUUUCACCUGCAUUUCCUUCUUUUCGCCGUUUUGACGAGUUCAUGGAUCAGCGCGAAUCUGAGGGCGAUGAUGCUGACGGCGAAGAGGACGACGAGCCCGACUUUGAAUUCAAGCUACCAAGCCCUGUCAACAACCGCAGCCAAUAUGAAGCAGGACCUGACCAUAUGGAUGUGGAUGAAGAAGAGGAGGUCGAAGAGGAAGAACCCGAGGUCGAUCUUGCCAAGGAACUUGAAGACGCAUUUGAGAACUUCGAAAAUAGUCAACAGGAGAGCCCCGAUGGCGAUGAGAGCGAGAUCAGUGAAGAGGACUAG